AUAGUGUAUGAUUGGUUGUUCUCAGAAAAGGGCAAUGAAUCAAUUUCAAAAUUAUAACAUUAAUUAAAUACCUAUAUCAUUGCUCUAUUUUAUCACGGAAAUGAAACUUGCACAACUUUUCUAUUUUCAUGAUAUUGAGGGGUGAAACAUAUAUCAUGGCCGUAUCGGUUAAUCGAGACCAAUUUGUUGACGCCCUCUCGAGUUAAAAAAUAAAUUGAUAUUAGAACACUGUUCGAAUAAUGCAUAUUCAUUACGACGUUAUGCAUAUUGAUGAAUACGUCAUCGCGCAUGCGCAGUAUCAAGAAAUACCCGUAUGUGUGUAGCUGAGUAGAAAGCAAACAUCGAACGGUGCGUGCAAGCUCAAAGCGCCGAAGCCAGCCGGCUAGCGACUUGUUUGUGCUUCGAACACGAGCUACCGGUUCACAGUCACAACGGGACAUUAUCAUCGCACGCGAAAGGAUCUACGGCCGACAAUAAGGAUAAAUUUAAAUGGAAGAAUCGAGGGGAAGGAGUAAGGAAGCGCAGAGAAGGGCGAGAGCUCGGUAUGAAGAAAGAGAAAGAGAACAAAGAUCAAAGAGGAAGCAUGUAGUUUUGAUGGAGAAAACAUUCCUUCAGUGGAAUGAAGCCAAGGAAAGGGGAGGCUUCGACACUAGCGAUGAGCUGGCGGAAUCAUUGUUGGCAAUGUUUGUCACGCAAACGCCAGUUAAAUCUGCUGAAUCUGCCCAUGGAACUAGAGAUAUGGAGAUGUUGCCGGUUACAGCAUCCACACCACUUUACCGAAUGAAAGACAUUCAUCUACACAGUUCCACAGCUGUCAAUCCUCCCUCUGAAAAUGGAUCCAGUCCAACUGUGCCUGGGAUUCAUUCGCUGCAGGAGGAAUGUGCCACAGUAGAGCUUGAAGAGCAAACACUGGUCAAUCAGGGAUUUGAUGCCAACAUCAGUUAUUCACAUGUGGCCACAUCAGAGUGGUUCGAUGAGGAGGAGGAGGAGGAUGAAUAUGAGACUGCGUAUGAAGGUGACAGUGACUAUGAACCUGAAAGCGAAUUUCAACCUGAAAUAACCUUUCAUGAAGGACGUCUCCCUAAAGACAUUGAUGUUAUUGGAGCGGAGGAGGAGGUCAUUGGGGAGCUACCUCCCCAACAGCUCGACGAACCAUGCGAGGCAUUCACAAGGAGUGGCCUCCAUGCAAAAGUCGCACCAACACAGGCUGCAGAAACAAACUUCUGUAUUGUCUCCUUGAGCAGACUCAAAAGCCUAUGUAAAGAAGUAAGGUCAUCGUGCAAAUGCGGAGAGGACUUAGAUGUCGAAUUGACACCAUCUGGCACAUCUGUGCAUGUGAAAUGGGUUUGCUCGAAUGGCCAUGUUACAAGCUGGUGUGGGCAGGAAACCCUACAAAGGUCUCAUGUGGGAGACAUGAAGCUGGCCUCGGCUAUUGUCAUGACAGGCAAUAAUUUCAAUAAGGUGAGCCUGUUAGCCAGAUUCAUGUCCCUGAACAUGAUAUCUAGUUCAACUUUCUAUGCACACCAGCGUAAGUACAUUGCCCCGACCAUCGACAAGAAAUGGGAGGAAGUGCAGGCAACUGUGUUGUCCAAACACAAGGAGGGAAGGAUAGUUCUUUGUGGUGAUGGUCGCAAUGAUUCACCAGGAUUUUGUGCGCGAUACCUGACGUACAUUCUCAUGGCACAUGACACGAAAGACGUAGUUGACGUGCAGGUGGUUGAAAAGAGAGAAACUGGGGGGAAGAGCCCACUUAUGGAGUUGGAGGGAUUGAAGCGGGGUCUUAACAAACUUGAACAAGAAGGGGUGCAGGUUGAUGAACUGGUGACUGAUGCUCAUCCUUCAAUUACCCGCUAUAUGAGAGAGAAAAGGCCCACCAUUCGUCAUUCCGGGGAUGUAUGGCAUGCUGGGAAAAAUCUUGGAAAGAAGCUAACCAAGGCAGCAGGCAAGGUUUCAACAUGUGCACUAUUGUAUUGGGUGAGGCAUGUCGUGUUUCACUUUUGGUGGUGCGCCGAGACAUGUGGCAGGAGCAGUCGAGCAUUUCUUGCAAAAUGGAGAGGACUGACCCAUCAUGUAACUGACAAGCAUGAGUGGGUUUCUGGCUUGGGUGAAGGCACAGUGACCUGCAGUCAUGAGGAGUUACCUGAGAGGGAGGAAUGGCUGCAAGCAGGAUCUCCUCCACAUCGUGCAUUGGUAGAGUUAUGCUAUGAGAAGGGGUUUUUGUCAAACAUUGAGCGAUAUGUGACAUUCAGGCACACUUCCACCAUUGAAAGCCUGAACAAUCACAUUCUUAUGUAUGCUUCAAAGCGAUAUUCAUUUGGGUAUCGUGCAUUUCGGGCACGAAACUUUAUGGCAGUCAUUGAUUACCAAGCCCACAAGGAUAGACCUUACAAGAAGGAUGCAAAUGGCGAAAAAAGGCACCAAAUCAGAUGGUCCAAGCAUGCAAGGCAGUAUGUAGCCGUUGGUGUAAAAGAAGCAAAAACCUACCCCUACCUGAGAGAAAUGAUGGAGGAAAUCUUCAUCAUGCGCGCAAAUGAUCCACUGCCACUCUCCUCCCCUAUCGAGAUGCUGGAAACUGAUCCACGCCGUAUAAGGCCACGACUUGAAACAGCAAUGCCUCUACCCAAUGUUCAAGAAAUUUUGGAGAGAAGGAGGAGUAGAUUUGCCGUAUAAACUUUUCAGGAACAUGACCAUCUCGGACCCAUUGUUGGAAUCAUUCCAAAAAAAAGUUGCAAA